GCUGCAGAGCAUAAACAACAGACUGUUCUGUUGUACAUGUCCUGUUUAAUGCACCAACAUAGUGAGGAUUUCUAAAUGAUAAGCUGCACCGUGUACGAGUAACCACCACAGAUCUUUGUUGCAACAUAUCCGGCACAAGAUCAAACAUGAGACUCUGCUCCCCUCUUCUGCUCUGCCUGGCAGCAGCCCUGUCAUCUGCCUUAGUGAUUUCACCUCCACACAUGUGGACCAAACUGAUCCUGACCCACCACUGGCCAAGCACCUUCUGUAGUAUGGAACACCCAGCAUGUCAUCCCAACAUCAGCUACUGGACACUACAUGGACUCUGGCCAGAUAAAGGGAUUGACUGUAAUUCAUCGUGGCAUUUCAACUCUUCUCAAAUAGAGGACCUGCUUCCAGACAUGAAGAGGAGUUGGCCUGACUUGCUUAACCCCUCAUCUCUUGGAUUCUGGAAGUAUGAGUGGCACAAACAUGGUACGUGUGCAGCCAAAGCAGCUUCUCUGAACAGUCUACAUAAAUACUUCAGCAAGGCACUGGACCUAUACCAUAAAGUAGAUUUGGACAGCAUCCUGAAGAAAUUUGACAUCAUCCCGUCAGAAAAAUACUACACACUUUCAGAAAUUGAAAGUGUCAUAGAGAACUUCUACGGCAUCACACCUAAGAUCCAAUGUGUCCAUCCGUCAAAGAAUGACGAUUUCCAGACUUUGGGGCAGAUUGAGAUCUGUUUCAACCCUGACUUCACCCUCCUGGACUGUGAGAAACAUUUUAUCAAGGAGGCAAUAUCUAGAGACUGGGACAAUCGAACUGCUGUUGACAAGGCAUCUGGGUUCAGUGUGUGUGACCAUGACAUGCCAGUUUACUACCCACCUCUUCAACAAAACCGACACUAAAAUACACAUGAACUGAAAUGCAACAGCACACUACAGCCCUACUCAUAAACACACAAAUGCACACAAGCACACAUAUUCUUUAGUUACCAAUAAUCAACUGUAUUUUAAUUGAGGACACACACACACACACACACACACACACACACACACUAUUUUUCUCAGGCUUCACAAUGAACAUCAUACUUUUGAUGAUAAUGUAUGUGAAAAAUAGCCUCAUACUCAAACCUGAAAAAAAGAAAACAAAUUUAAGUGCAUUGUUACUUUUUUCCCCCCCUUUUUUCUAAUAUCCUCCAAAAACCAGGACACGCACUCGACUACUACGCAGUGCUUUAAUGGAAUUAUGUCCCUUCCUGAACCCUACUAGCAGAUGAAUCCUAUGUAGUGCACAGCAUGUUGUUUUCCAGGGAUCAACAGGAAGCAUCAUGGUGAGUUCAGGUCAGGCGGGCAGACGAGUAGUUAAUGUGCUGUCUCUUUUUUCCAAAUGAGUGGAGCCUUGUGUCAGAUUUGCUUAUUAUUACACAAGUGUAUGUAGAUGUCAAAUCCAAGUGCAUAUCUUGUAACUGCUGGACAUAUGUUAUACCUCACGCGUUCUUAUUUUUGUCUUCUAGUUAAUGUAACUGCAUUUUUUCCAGGGGUAACUGGAUUUUCAGGUUUUAAAUACAUGCUUUUCACACAUAAUUACAAUUAAAUUCAUCUAGUACAUCAAAUAGUAAAUCUUUAUUGUUAAAUCACUAUGUAAAUAAUAUUAGGUAAUAUGCGUAUGUUUAAGGGCUCUUGGGGGCAAGGGCCAUUAUUUCUAAAGGAAUACUGCUGUUUACAACUACAUCAACAUCUUUCAGGCUUUUUAAACUAGCAGUAGCUAUCAUUAGCUUCAGUAUGAUGUUUGCCAAGUACAUAAGCCAUUACCUAAUGUUGCACUGUCUGCCUGGUUCAGCCUUUUUCUAUGCUGCUGAAAGAGGACUGCUAGUCACAUUUGUGAGCAUAGAAAGUAAAUGUAGUACAUAGUGUAUAAAAAAAAUGCUUCGGUGUUGUUCACUUUUGGUAGAUACAAGUCCAAAAACCUAAGUACUUUGCAAUGGAAACCUCACACCCUACACUUAACACAAUGCAUGACAAGAUGUCCCAUUCGUGCACAUUGCACCAUUUUUUUACAUACAUGCUCUAGGCCUGUAGAGAUCAAAUAUUUGUUUCUCAAGGAUGUAGCGGAUGUUUUGAUAAACACUAUUUAAUCGCCAACUGAUCUGUACAAUGACCUGUUUAUAUUGGUGCUGUGUGGCUGUAGCUGUUUUGGUACGUAGAUCUAUAAAUUCAGGUAGGAAAUUACAGAAAUUAACAUUUGUACUGUCAAUUAUUUUUUAUGUUAAUAAAACAUCACAUGAAAAGUCAA